GUCAAGUCAAAGGCCCUCGCUCUCGAGCGGGCCGAACGGCGUGACGGCAUCCUGGCCGAUAAACAAAGCAAAGCUAAUGCCCCAGCGCGCCGCGCAAUCGCCUCGCCGCCGCUCCUGCCCGCGCCCAACGGCAACGAAUCUGCCUCCCGCUGAUCACCUCAUCGGUCAUCAGAGCCCGCCAGGCCGCCAGCAUCAGAUUCCCACCCUACUAAACCCUCCUGUUGCGGUUUCUAUUCUAUCCACUCCAGAUAAUCACCCGCAUUAUUUUUCCCACUACUCGGAGGCCCGACCACCGCCGGAGCCCAUUCAGCUUUCAUCCCCACCACCACCUCCACCGGUGGAUGAUUUGAUGGAGCUGCAGCAGUUUUGCGGGCUGUUGCGGUAACUACUCUACGCCCACCACCAGCAGCAGCAGCAGCUCCUCUGCAAAUUUCACCCUCAGAGAAAAAAAAAAAUCAAGAGUCCCAAGAGUCUCCGCUCUCCUCCAACCUCCUGCCAACGGCACGCUUGCGUGUCACCGCUCACCGGAGGCGGUCGGUCCCACUUCCGCUGUCUUCUUGCUCACUCCGCCUGCGCUUCUCCUCCUCACGGUUCCAUCUCCGGAUCCUUGAGUUUGGAUGGGAUUGGAGACACGGUAGAGCAGCGCGCAGUUUCCCUUUCCCCUCCCAACAAGGUAUUCCUGGGUUCCUGCCUGUGAGCUCUGCGGAAUUGAGAAUUCUGGCAGGACCGGCUCGGAGGAAGGAAUGAUGGUUGUCUAGAAAAAAUCUUUCGGUGGUUAUUAAGAAUCGGGAGCUUUGGAGGAAAAUUCGACUCUUUGGGCUCUAGGUUGGUCUGCGCGAGGCCGAGGAGGUUGCCAAUGGAGCCGCCGACUGGGUUCUGGGCCUCGCUUUUGAGCUUCCUCAAGUUCUUGCCCUACUUCUCCGGCCUCCUCAUCCUUGGGUUCAUCAAAGGUGUUUUGUUGUGCCCUUGGGCAUGUCUGAUUAUGGCAAUUGGAAUAUCUGCACUAGUCCUGGGCUUAUGGCCUAUGCAUCUGAUUUGGACAUACUACUGCAUUAUCAGAACCAAGCUGGUGGGACCUGUAGUAAAGCUUCUGCUUCUUAUUGCUGCUACUGCAGUCUUGAUCAUAUGGUUGAUAAUUGGCAUCCCGGGAAGUGUAUUUGCUGGAUUAGUAUAUGGUUUUCUAGCACCCAUAAUGGCUACGUUUGAUGCAGUUGGAGAAGGCAAAGAAAAGCCAUUUGUUCAUUGUUUUGUGGAUGGAACAUGGAGUACUAUCACUGGAAGCUGUACAGUAGUCAGGGACGUGAAAGAUUUGCUUUUCCACUCCUACUUUUCAAUUAUGGAUGACCUUCGUCUUCAGAAACCUCCUGACGGGAAGCCAUAUGAGAUAAGAUUGCUUGAUAUUCCUGGUGCCUUGAUAGCGGCCGCAUUUGGGCUUCUACUUGAUGGAAUAAUGUUCACAUUAAUUGCCUUCUAUAAGUGCCCUGUGAUGCUUUUCAAAGGAUGGAAACGACUGAUCCAGGAUAUGAUUGGGAGAGAAGGGCCUUUCCUGGAGACGGCUUGUGUGCCAUUUGCUGGUCUUGCUAUUCUUCUUUGGCCAUUUGCUGUAGUAGGAGCCGUUCUGGCAUCCAUACUCUCCAGUGUCCCUUUAGGUGCUUAUGGUGCAGUUGUAGCUUAUCAGGAAUCCUCCUUUGUCAUGGGACUUGCCUAUGUGUUCUCAUCAGUGUCUAUAUUUGAUGAAUACACGAACGAUGUUCUCGACAUGGCACCUGGUUCUUGUUUUCCAAGAUUUAAAUAUCGAAAGGGCAAAGGUGAGUCUUCGCACGGACAUAGUGCUCCGUUAUCCAGACCAGCCUCAUUCGACAGGGAGAAGCAAGAAGGGAAAAAACCUCCAUCUCGUGUUACGUCAUUUAAGAACAGCAUUGAUGAGUUCAAUCCAUUCAAGUUGCUGGACCACCUAUUUGCCGAGUGCAGGAACCAGGGGGAGGCUUUGGUCAACAAAGGGGUGAUAACAAUGAAAGACAUUGAAGAAACUAAGUCUGGAAAAGUUGGCAGCGGUGUUCUUAAUGUUGGUCUACCAGCAUAUGUUAUCCUUAAUGCACUCCUUCGGUCUGCAAAAGCUGAUUCAGUCGGGCUAAUCUUAAGUGACGGCUCUGAGAUUACAUCUGACAAUAGACCUAAAAGUACCAUCUUUGAUUGGUUCUUUGACCCACUUAUGGUUAUAAAGGAACAAAUCAAAGCUGAGAAUCUCAGCGAAGAAGAGGAAGAAUAUCUGAAAAUGCGAGUACUGUUGGCUGGGGAUCCCAGUCGCCUGAAAGGUUCUCUGCCUCAUGUUCCAUCCUUGACCGAGCGAAAAAAGGCAGAUAUAGAUGCAUUCGCUCGCAGAUUGCAAGGAAUCACAAAGUCGAUAUCUAGAUAUCCUACAGCGAAGCGCCGCUUCGACAUCCUUGUGAAGGCGCUCCUGUCAGAGCUUGAGAGGACGAUGGGUGGCAGCAGCCAAUCUGCCAAUGGAUCCCAGUCUCAGGCGCAGAGGCUGCGGAACUCGGUAGCCCGGAUGCUCAGCCAAAAAUCCAUGGGCAAGACGGCCAACAUCAGGGAUGAAGACCCAGAAGCGCAGAUGACAAGAUUGUCUCGCACCCCGUGAUAGUUUGUAGUUUGACGAUGCGGUAUGCUGUGGCUGGAACGUAGCUUUCACAUGCCGUUCCAGCUUUGUACAAAUGAGUAGAUGCUGCGGCCUGAACUUAUUCUAACCAUUGUCUUCAACUCAUGUAUAUGAUUUGUAUAUUUUAGGUACUAUAUAUGUAUCGUGUAUGCAAAUGUUUGCAAGAGUAAAUAUAUAUCACAUGCAGUCGUUUUUGCAGCUGA